AUGUCAAUAAAAAACAACUCAUUUUUUAUAUAUAAAACUAAAGGUAAUAUGCUUAAAUAUUGCUUUCAUGCUGAAGAAAAUUCAUCAUUCGAACAAAUUUUAAAUCAGAUUACAAAGCUGUUAAAUAUUAAUUUAAAAGACACAAUUAAUACUACAAUCAUUAAAUUUAACGGAGAGGAAAUUCAGUUGUCAGAAGUAAUCAAGAAAGGUCUUUUUAUGGUAUCAGGUUGCCAAAAUGAAGAAUAUGAGAUUAAAUCGAUUAAAACUUUUGCAUCAAAUUUAGAUUAA